GAUCUUCUUCACACCCAGGGCAAGCCCCAGUCUGCAAUGAAGAAAAAAGGAAAAAGGAAACACGCCUGUCAGACGUCCAUCAACACCCACCCUGCCCGCGUGCCCGAAGACAAACAACAGACAGGGUCGAGAUCAUCAAGAGAAACAACUCUCUAUACAGCAGCCGCACGAGGCAACUGCCGCCAUCCUUGCGGACAGAGCGAGAGGACCAGGAAUAUUCACUCUUGGGUGCUGAGGAUAUACAAUCAUCAACCAGGGUGGAUUCGAUGGCUCUUUUGGGAACCAAAGCGAGAGACAAACACUAUAGAAAUGAUUCUCCUGUAGAAAAG